CAUUACUUAGGUCCUCAUUUGAGCUCCUCCUCCGCCGCCAUCUUGCCCUCAGUGCCGUGAGAUCCGCCGGACAGAGACGACGAUGCUCUCCCGACUCGCCCUUCGCUCCGUACAGGAAACCAGACCUUUUCUGGUGGCUGUGCGGCCAACAAGCACCACUGCCGUUAACAAGGCUACAGAGCGCGAUGAGGUAAACUUCCCCCGCCGCGUCAGGCCUAUUGAACCUGGCAAGGUGCGAAUGGGCUUCUUGCCAGAGGAGUGGUUCCAGUUCUUCUACUCAAAGACUGGUGUCACUGGCCCUUAUAUGUUUGGAGUUGGCCUUACCACCUUCCUCUGCUCCAAGGAAAUCUACGUCAUGGAACACGAGUUUUACACUGGUUUGUCCAUUUUCGUCCUGGCUAUGUAUGCUAUCAAGAAGUUGGGCCCUGGUAUUGCCAACUAUUUGGACAAGGAGAUUGAGGAUAUUGAGGGCAGCUGGGUGAAGUAUCGCGAGGAUAGUGUCAAAGGUCUCAAGCAGGCUAUUGAAGAUGAGAAGGCCGCCCAGUGGGAAGCUGAAGGUCAGAAAAUACUCUUUGAUGCCAAGCGAGAAAAUGUUGCACUCCAGCUUGAAGCUGCUUACAGAGAGAGGCUGGCAACUGUUCAUUCUGAGGUCAAGAAAAGGUUGGACUACCAACUGGAGACUGCCAACGUCAAAACUCGCAUUGAGCAGAAGCACAUGGUUAACUGGAUUGUAAACAACGUUAAGUCCUCCAUCACUCCUGCUCAGGAGGCAGCUGCUCUGAAGCAGUGCUUUGCUGACCUCAAGGGUCUUGCUCCCCAAACUGCCUAAAUUAUGAAUAUUUUUCUAUUUUGAGCUUUUUUUUUUUUCCCAGUCAGAUCAUAUUUAGCUGUUUAUUUGUAUAGAAAAUUUUAUUCCAUAACCUUUUGGGCAGUAGGUCUUAUUGGGUUCAAGAUGACAUCAGCAUUGUGGUUGUGGUUCAUAGUGGAAAUGAUGAGCUUCUCAUUCCAUUGUCAUUAAUGUAGUUUACUUGAUGCUCCACAACAAACCAAUAAUGAAUAACUACCAGUGACAAAACCAAGUGUACUAUGUACAAUUUUCUUAAUAAAAAUUUAUGUACAGUGGAUAUGUAAAUAAAUGACAGAUGUCAGUUUAA